AUGGCACCGAGGAUUGCAAUCAUUAUCUAUUCGAUGUUCGGCCAUAUUGCAAAGAUGGCCGAAGCUGUAAAAACUGGCGUAGAAAAUGCUGGUGGAUCUGUCAAAAUCUUCCAGAUUCCAGAAACGCUUCCCCAAGAGAUUCUGGACAAGAUGCAUGCUCCUGAGAAGCCCAAUUACCCCGUUAUCAACGUAGACCAACUCACUGAAUUCGACGCGUUUUUAUUCGGUAUUCCUACCCGGUAUGGCAAUUUCCCUGCUCAGUGGAAGACAUUCUGGGACGCCACUGGCGGCCUUUGGGGUAAAGGAGCUCUCGCUGGAAAAUAUGCUAGCGUUUUUUUCUCUACCGCUUCACCUGGAGGAGGUCAAGAGUCUACUGCCAUGAACGCCAUGUCGACACUUGUUCACCAUGGAGUGAUCUUCAUACCCUUGGGAUACUCUGUUGCUUUCGCGCAGUUGACAAAUAUGGAGGAGGUUCGCGGCGGAUCUCCAUGGGGCGCGGGUUGUUUUGCCGGACCCUCUGGGACGAGACAACCGUCGGCUUUAGAGCUCGAGAUUGCAACUAUCCAAGGGAAACACUUCUACACGACCGUUUCCAAAGUUAACUUCUAG